AUGAGCGUAGCACAACUUGCAUCAUUCAAAAUACCGGCAAUUGACAAUGAAACCAUGAAGCACUAUCAACCACAGUCGGCUGAUAGAGCAGGACUCACACAGGCUUUGAAGGAUCUCGAAGCCACCUUCCCACAAUCAGUUCCAAUCAUUAUCAACGGAGAGAGACAAUCUUCUGGUUUGAAGAGCACCGGAAAGCAGCUCAACCCUGGCCAGCACUCUCAAGUCGUUGCCACUUACGAGGAAGCCAGCGACGCUCAGGUUGACGCUGCCAUUAAGGGCGCCCUCGACGCUAAGAAGUCUUGGGAAGCAAUGCCUUGGAAUGACAAGGCUGCUAUCUUCAUGAAGACCGCUGACCUCAUCUCAACCAAAUACAGAUAUACCCUUAUGGCCGCUACUAUGCUUGGUCAGGGUAAGAACACAUGGCAAGCUGAGAUCGACGCUGCUGCCGAGCUCGCUGAUUUCUUGAGAUUUGGUAUCAAAUAUGUUGAAGAGAUGUACGCUGUCCAGCCACCAAAGAACUCCCCAACCGUCUGGAACCGUACCGAAUACAGACCACUCGAGGGUUUCGUCAUGGCUGUAUCACCAUUUAACUUUACUGCUAUUGGUGGUAACCUCCCAGCUGCCCCAGCAAUGGUUGGCAACACUGUCGUCUGGAAACCAUCUCCAAUGGCCACACUCUCCAACUACAUUGUUUACCAAAUCCUCGAAGAAGCUGGUUUGCCAAAGGGUGUCAUUCAAUUCGUUCCAGGCCCACCAGCUGAGAUUGUCGGUCGCGCGGUCAACAACCCAGACUUCUCUGCUCUCCACUACACGGGAUCUACUCAAGUCUUCAAGCACCUUUGGAAGACCAUCUCAAGCAACUUGGACAUUUACAAGGGUUACCCAAGGAUUGUCGGUGAGACUGGUGGUAAGAACUUCCACUUGGUCCACAAUUCUGCUCCUAUUAAGCCAACUGUCAUCCAAACUAUAAGAGCAGCAUUCGAGUACCAAGGCCAAAAGUGCAGUGCAUGUUCAAGACUCUACGUUCCAUCAUCAUUGUGGAAGAAUGGCUUUGAGAAGGAGCUGGUCGAGCAAGUCAACAGUAUAACUGUCGGAAAGGUCCAAGACUGGAACCACUUUAUGGGUCCUGUCAUCAACAAGCCAGCAUUCGACAAGAUCACUGGUUACAUCAAGAAGGCACAAGAUGUUGGUGACAAGGUCAUUGCCGGUGGCAGUGGUGAUGACAGCGAGGGAUACUAUGUCAAACCAACAGUCAUCGUCACCACCAACCCUAAGACAGUGACCAUGACUGAGGAAAUCUUUGGUCCAGUAAUCACCGUCUAUGUAUACGAGGAUGCAGACUUUGAGAAGACUGCUGAGCUCGUCGAUUCAACAACGACUUACGCCCUCACUGGUGCACUCUUCGCCAGAGACAGAGCAGCCGUGAUCAAGGGACAAGCACUCUUGCGCAACUCAGCUGGUAACUUUUACAUUAACGAUAAGUGCACUGGUGCCGUUGUCGGUCAGCAGCCAUUCGGUGGUGCUAGAGCGUCUGGUACGAAUGACAAGGCAGGUGCACCAUCACUCUUUUCGAGAUUCGUUAGCGCGAGAUCGAUCAAGGAGGCAUUUGUUGAGCCAACUGACUACGUGUACCCAUCCAACCUUUAA